AAAACAUAAACAAGUACGAAGGGAAGGAAUGAAGUAAAGAACAUAACUAAACACUAGCAGGACCAAAAGGGUAUUCUUCCGACGAAGAAACACGAUCGUAUCGUAUCACCGGAAAUUCUGACUCUCACAGAUUUCUGGGAGCGACAAUUGCAACUCCGAUUCGACUUGAAGAGAGGGAGGAAGGUGAAGAAGAUUGGCAAAUUAUAAGAAUACGUUGAGAUGUCAGCGCUUUUCAAUUUCCAUUCAUUUCUAACCGUGAUACUUCUGGGAAUAUGUGCCUGCACUUAUUUCAAGAUGCAGUUUCCGGCUAUCCUUGACCAGAAAACUGGGUUUCGUGGUUUCUUCUGGAAGGCAGCAAGAAUAGGUGAACGCUUAAGCCCAUGGGUAGCAGCAGGUUGCUUUAUGAUGGGUGUUUCAAUAAUCUUCUUCUAAGCUUUGUUUUACACUCAAUAGGGCGUCCGUUCUAUAUGCUCUACCGCAGUUUGAUAUGCAAAAUUCAGAUUUCUAAAUUCAAAUUAUUUGCCGAUCUACAAAAUGAGAGCUUGUACUUGUGAUUUCAUUGGAGUCCUUGAAACUCAUUUUUUCACCCGAGUUAAUUAUCUUUUUUUCGUUGUUGAAACGAAGUGGAGUUUUUGCCAUUAAUCCCCUAGUUUACUACAUGGAAUUCGAAUUGCUAGCUUAUGGUGGGGGGAUCUCUCUAUCUCUGAUAUCGAUAACAUAAAAGCCUACAAUUUAUUAAUAUGAUGAAUAGUUAAUCU